GCCCGUGGUCCCAGCCGGAGGGCCCCCGACCAGAGGUGGGGACUGCGGGCCAGCGUCCCCGACUCUGGCAAAGCCCUGUCCGCCCAACAUUCAGCCCUCCGACGUGGGGUGGGCGCCCACUCUCCUGGACGCGGCCGCCUCCUUCCGGGAGUGCGGCGUCCGAGCUGCGGACUCUAACCCUGCCCCGACACGGCUCCCCAGCCCAGCACCGGGGCCCCCCGCAGCAGCCCGUUUAGGAAGCCGAGCCCUUCUUCCUAAACGUCUCCCAGACGCCACUGCCCCUUCUCAGCUUCCCAGCCUCCGCUCCAGUCCGCGGAGCAGCCGCAUCCCCUAAGCCCUGGUGUUAUCCGCCGCCCAGGACUCCUCCAGGGCUCCCUGUUUCGCCCGGGACGGAGUCCAGUCUGCAGCAGGGCUCAUGGGCAGGGCCCGACCCCGGCCUCGUUUCCCUCCGGGGCCCCUGUGCUCGCCUCUUCCUCCCAGUGUCCGCUCUAACCAAGACGCACAGUUCCCGGAAAGCGCUGUCACCUCUGGGGUUCUGUCCAUGUUCUUCCGUCUGCUCUGUUCCCUGUCACCCGGUCACUUUGCCCCCUUCAGACUGCACCUUCUUCCAGGCACCUUUCCCACCCUGACCGGCUGGGUGAGACACUGUCACAGUCGUCCGCAUUUAGGUCGUCCUAGAGAAUUGCAAUUGCCUUGUUCCUCCUGGGUCCUCACACACUGCCAGUCCACGUGGGGCCUGGCAGCAGGGUGCCCAGUAUGUGCUUGUGGGUGGAGUUGCUGGGCCUCUGGGUGCCAGGGGCGUGUGCUCACUGAAUGACACACUUAGGUGUGCACUGAGCAGUCUGAGGCCUGGCUCCUGGAGCAUACUCAGUGACACCCAGAAAUGAUAUGCAGGAGGUCCCAGGAGCUGGUGGCUGGAAUAGGGACUGUCCCCCUUCCCUGUUAAACCCGGCAGACCCAAUAGCUUCCUUCUUUCCUUUCUGUCCCUUGUCAUUUGCCCAUUUGUUUAGCUGUGUUUGUCGAGCAAAAAGAAAUAGUGGCCCUGCCCUCCUGGGGUUUGUCUUUGGUUAGAACCCGGAGCCGUGAGAGACUGGUGGGCGUGGGGUCGGGGGGCCCCGACCUGGUUUGGAAGGCCUCCCUGAAGGCGCUGGAGGUGAGAUGUGGAGGGUAGACAGGACAAGGGCAAGGACCCUCUCGUAAGGUUGGGGAAGGGGUCCCCGGGAGGGGAACCGCAUGGGCUCUGACUCCGAGCUGGGCGUGGGCAGCGGGCCUGUCUGGGGAGAGGGAGUGUGGGGUGCCAGAUGCGCGAGGCUGGAGAGGGCGCCUGAGCCGGCUGCUGACCUGGCAGGCCGUGGCGACGGAUUUGAUCUCUAUCCUGGAAAUAGUGGGAGGCCCCUGGGGCAGCCCAAACGGAGGCGGCGCGAUCAGAUCCAUGCCGCGAAAAGGUCUUUCAGCUGCUCUGGGAGUGAUGGAGGCCAAAGGGGGACCAGCGAGGGAGGAGGCCGUUGAAGCAGUCCAGGUGAAAGGUGACAGGCGGGACCAGGAGGAAGUUAAAGGGAGAGAGGAAGAACCAGCAGGCUGGGGUGAUGGGUGGAUCUGGGGGCGGGGUGAGGAGUCAAGGAAGACAUCCAGGUUUCUGGCGUCAGUGGGGCUUGGCCACCCGGGCGUGCCCCUUCGCACCCUACCUGCCUCCUGGCUCUCAGCCUGGCCUUCCUCUCAAAACCAGCCUUCACUGGGCCACCCAAGCGCCAGACCCUCCAGUCCCCCCUUGUACCAGCAGUGUCACCUGUUGGGGCUGGGCCUCUUUGAGAACAUGUUGCUUGAUGUUUGGGGACAGAUAAUGGUUUCUUGGGCAAGAGAGAGUGUUCUUGGAGAGUGUUCUUGGGCACGGUGGGGUGUCGAGCGGCGUCCCUAGCCCUCACCCUGUCACUGCCAGGAGCACCCUCCCCCAGUCCUCAACCAAAAAUGGCAAGUGUCUCUGGGUCGGGGGACUCACCUUGUCCGAGAACCGGCAUGAUAGACUGACUGUCCCCUCUGAAAAAUGCUCGCUCAUCAGGUGCGCGUCCCGCUGGGUGUUGGGUUCUCUCGGGGCCGUCCAUGCCUCCACCGUGGCUUUUGCACCUCUCCCACUCCCCUGGCGUGCCCCGAAUCUGGGUGACGGCGGGAUGUGGCUCUCUCCAGCCCUUGGUCUCAGGUCACAGGUGCAGAGGGAGCAAGUGUGUUUCUGGGCCUCAGGUUGCUCUGACCAGCUCUGAGUCUGAAUGUCUCAGCCCAGUGGUUUUCAGAUGCUGUGGCCCCCAAGCUCACUGUGCUGAGGUCUCCACUGCUGAGACUGGGUGGGGCGUGUCUCCCCUCAGCCCAGGCCAUAGGGAUGGCGUAGUGAGUGGGCAGGUCUUCUCCAGCCUCGGGUUGCCCCAGUCUCUAUACUGGCAGCUUUGUGCACAAUCGUGGUGGCUUUAGCGCUGUAGCUGUGGUCUGCCUCAUACAGCGUUUUGGGGCAUGCUGCAGAAAGGGCCGAGGGAACCCCUGUUCUGCCCUCAUCUCAUUUACUCCUCCGUGAGUGCGCGGUGUCACCAUCGACGAAGAAACUGAGGUCCUGGGAGGGCGAGCGACUUGCCCAAGGUCCCAGAGCUGGAGGAGGGGGCUCAGCUGCCGUGACUCCCCUGCACCCCAGCAGCCUGGCCCCCAGCACAGGGGAGAGCCAUUGUCCGGCUCGUAGGCCUCCAAGCCUGAGAUGUAUCCUGCUUUUGUUCCCAGAGCCUUUGUUUGCUGUUUCCUCUGCCCAGCUCGUCCCCAGACACCCCAGUCCUGCUGCGGGCCCGGCCCCCACGAGUGUGCCCUUGGGUCCCUCUGGUCAGCAGCCUGUCCUUGCCUCGACUGCUCUGUGUCACCUAGGGGUGGCAGAUGGAUCCUCAAAGGAGAGAUGGACUAGGGGAAGCGUUUGGGCCAGCCCUGUGGACAGAAGCUCGACAGAGUGACAGGGUUUCCUUGGGCCUAGAGCAGGGGCUAUGAUGGGAAGAGCCGAGGUGGGCCAGGAAUCUGCUUGGCCAGCAUAGCCACAGGCCAUUGCAGGGCUGACGACUGGACUUAAGUGGCAAGAGGAAAGGUGGUAGCAGGCGGGGCCGGGUCAGCUUUGGGUCCUGCAGAGGUCACCUGGCAGCUGCUCCGUCCCUGCAUAGGGCAGGCUGGCCUUGCAGGUCCACGGGGAGGGGAGUGGAGCAGUCUGAGCAGGGGAGAGUGGGCCGGGUCGGGCCGUGGGGAAGGCCAAGAGGCCCAGAGUGGGGUCACUGGGCCCGUCUCUGGCAGUACCCAGGGACCACAUCUCGCUGUUCCCUGCAGGGUUUGCCUGUGUGCGACAUGGAGACACGAAGCUGCGAGGCUCCCACGGGCUCGGCUUGGACCGCGAUGGGGCCGGGCUGCGGCCUCCUAACGGGGCUCUCAUCUGGGGCGGUGGCUGGGGGUCACCCUCCCCCCUGCCCGCGUCUCGGAGUACCCCCACCCCUUCCCUGCCAAGCGAGGCCCAUCCUGGUGCCCGGAGCCCGCCAUGAACGGCCUGUCGGUGACCGAGCUCUGCUGCCUCUUCUGCUGCCCGCCCUGUCCUGGCCGCAUCGCCGCCAAGCUCGCCUUCCUGCCGCCGGAGCCCACCUACUCGCUGGUGCCCGAGCCCGAGCCGGGGCCGGGCGGGAAUGGGGCCGCCCCCUCGGGGACCCUGCGGGCCUCCGCUGGCACCCCCGGGCGCUGGAAGCUGCACCUGAUGGAGCGUGCUGACUUCCAGUACAGCCAGCGCGAGCUGGACACCGUUGAGGUCUUCCUGACCAAGAGCAGCCGGGGCAACCGCAUCGCCUGCAUGUACGUGCGCUGCGUGCCGGGUGCCAGGUACACGGUCCUCUUCUCGCACGGCAACGCCGUGGACCUGGGCCAGAUGAGCAGCUUCUACAUCGGCCUGGGCUCGCGCAUCAACUGCAACAUCUUCUCCUACGACUACUCCGGCUACGGCGCCAGCUCGGGCAGGCCCUCCGAGAAGAACCUGUAUGCCGACAUCGACGCCGCCUGGCAGGCGCUGCGCACCCGGUACGGUAUCAGCCCGGACAGCAUCGUCCUGUACGGGCAGAGCAUCGGCACGGUGCCCACCGUGGACCUGGCCUCGCGCUACGAGUGCGCCGCCGUGGUGCUGCACUCCCCGCUUACCUCGGGCAUGCGCGUCGCCUUCCCGGACACCAAGAAGACCUACUGCUUUGACGCGUUCCCCAACAUCGAGAAGGUGUCCAAGAUCACGUCACCGGUGCUCAUCAUCCACGGCACGGAGGACGAGGUGAUCGACUUCUCGCACGGGCUGGCGCUCUACGAGCGCUGUCCCAAGGCCGUGGAGCCGCUGUGGGUAGAAGGCGCCGGGCACAACGACAUCGAGCUCUACAGCCAGUACCUGGAGCGCCUGCGACGCUUCAUCUCCCAGGAGCUGCCCAGCCAGCGCGCCUAGCGGAGCGGCAAUGCCCUGAGCCGUGUCGGGAGGACCUCAGCAAUAAAGCGGCCCCCGGACUCGCCUCGCGCCGGCCCUGGGGGCUGCAUGUGAAGCCCCGGGCGCCCCGGCCGCCCCGGGGCCCCCGAGGCAGCUGCGGGCCAGGGGCCGGAACUGGCUCGGCCCACGGGCUGUGGACGACGUGCUAGUGACAGAGCCACGCUCUCCUUUCCUUUUGGAAGCAAAACGAAGGAAAAACGUGAAAACAAAUUAAAGAUUUAAAAUUUUA